UUUGGACCCUACAGUAAUAUCAGCAACACCUUGAACACGUUUAAUUUAAAUAUCAGAUUAUUGUGAGUGCGCCUUGAUUUUUGAUCUGUUUUAUUUUCAGAUACUAAUAAAGGGUUGGCUGCGUUUCCAGGCAAAGCGACACCAUCCAGAGACGACACCAACAUGUUUAGAUUCAUGGUGCUUGGAGGCGAUGACUCUCUUAUGAAUGAAGCUUGUGAAACCAUCCUCGAUAUCAGACACACGGAGUACGCCAACAUCAUCAGAACACGAGAAAAUAUGAAGACUAAUGUCGCCAGACGCGACGUGUCUGUGCUAAAAACUCCCUCCUUUUGGCUGGACGUCUUGAAAUCGAAUGUGAUUUUCAGAAAUGGGCUCAAAUCUAUAAAAAAAGACAUGAAGUUGUGUGAAUCUCUGCUGUUUCCGGGGCCUCAUGUCUUUCUGCUGGUGCUCGGAGAUGUACAUAACUCUGCUAAAGAAGGUCUGCUUUUACAAGCUGUGAGCGACGUCUAUGGGAAGAAAGCUUUAGAUUACAGUAUGGUGUUAUUUAUUGAUGAAUGUAAAGAGAAGGACAUAAGGAGAAACCGUUGUGUGAAAAAGUGCAGAAACAGGUACCACGUUUUAGAGAACACCGAGAAGCUGCUCGAUUAUGUUGAAACGGUGGUUAAAGAGAGAGAAAAUAGUUAUUUCACAAAGAAUUUUGAGUUGACGGAAAGAGCUAAAGAUCAUUUUCAGGCGGAGUUUGGUUGGCAGAACUUACAGUAUGUAGAACGGGAAAAUUCUCUGAGAAGUGAAUUGGCAGGAAUGAGAAAGACAGUUGAAGAUUUAAGAAUAGAAAACACACAAUUGAAGGGACGGCUGGUAAGUUCCAAAGGCAGAGGGAAUCAGGUUAGGUCUGUUGAUUCUAUAGCCAGAACGAGUCAGUUCAGAAAAAAGUCUGAUGAAUAUGACUGUAAAGAGAAUCUGUUCAGAAACGAGUCGGAUGAUACGGAAGCUAGAGAGAGUCAGUUUAGAAAUGAGUCGAGUGAAUCUAAAGCCAUAGAGAUUGUGUUCAGAAAACAGCUGGAUGAAUGUAAAGCAAGAGAGAAUCAGUUCAGAAAAGAGUUGGAUGAAUCUACAGCUAAGUUCAGAAAAGAGAUGGAUAAAUCUAAAGGUAAAGAGAACCAGUUAAGAGAAGAGUUGGAGGAAUCUAAAGGUAAAGAGAAUCAGAUAAGAGAAGAGUUGGAGGAAUCUAAAGGUAAAGAGAAUCAGAUAAGAGAAGAGUUGGUUAAAUUUAAAGCAAGAGAGAAUCAGUUUAGGAAAGAAUUGGAUGAAUCAAAGGCCACAGAGAUUCAUUUAAGAAAAGAGCUGGAUGGAUCUAGAAUCAGAGAGAUCGAGUUAAACGAUGAGCUUCAGAUUCUUCGAAGUGAAAUAGAGCUGCUCAAAGCCACAGACAAAGACUUACGAAGGAAUCUGAAGGAGACAAAGACCAAAGAAGCAUUUCUGUUGAAAAAACUACAAUCAGAAUGUGACAUAAUACAGAAAAGUGAAGAACUACAAGUGAAAGAAACAGAGCUGUGUGAGAGACAGAGAGAGCUGGAGUCCAGAGAGAGAUAUUUGUCUCAGAGAAACACUCGGUCCGGUGGAUCAGAAUCUCAGUUCAUCAGAACGGCGGUCAUUUCUCCUGUUGAUAAAUUCAGACUUCACGAGGGAGACGGAGCAGAGAGCAGUGAUGGAGAAUCACACGUCACAGGAUCAGAUGUGACUGAAGGAUUGAACUCUGUGAGACGAAACAGCCUGCAGGUGGAGACACCCAACAGUAAGAGAACCGUUGUAAAUAGACUGUUUUAACUAUACUUAACUAAUCUUUUCCUUAAAGCUAAAUACUUUUACUUCAUUCUUUAUCAACAGUGUCUGAAAGUAAGCAUGAAGCUUAACAUAAUCUGAGGUGAGCUUAGAAAUGGCAGUUUUCAAGUUUAGUUAAAGUUAUGUUUAAUAUUUACGCCUAUAUUUCAAGUGAUCAUGAUAACACGUAUACAUUUUAGACUUUAAAUUUCAGUUAAUGAUAAUAAACCUGGGGAAACACCAGAUGUUUUUGAUCUUCAACACUCUGAUAACACUCCAUCUGUCUCCAUCUUAUGGUUAUUUAAGGUUUCUUGCAUAUCAACAGGUCAUGCAUGUCAUUAUUUUGGGUAAAUAUCUUAACAUGUUUGCUUGUGUGCACAUCUGCAGGGCAAAUUCAGGCCCCCGGUACUUCUGAGGCUUUAUUAGCAGAUACAACAUUGGACCCUUUGCAGAACUCAUCUCAAUGAAGUACAGCAGUCAUUAAAGUAUCUGGACACUCACAACACACUUCUGAAUGACUGAACAUUAACAAAUGUGUUAACUGGGAUGUAGCCUGUGCUGCGAAUAUAGAAUAUAUCAAAUGAUUUUCAUGUUCCUCUUCUUUUCCAUUUCUGUGAAAUAGAAUAUUAUCAGUCGGAUCACACUGUGACUGUGCUUUAUAUUAAAGCCUUUCUUAUAUUCCACCUCCCUUGAAUAAAUAUGUGUUUAACUAGA